CUCUCUUUUUUUUUCUUUUUUUUUUUAACCGUAAUAAUUUCGUUCGUGUCCCGCGAGGAUGCGAAGAGGGAGCUUUGAGUGUUCGUUGAUGGAGCCCGCACAUAUAAAUACCCACCAAUCUCUCUCCUAGCCCCCUCGCUCCUCGCUCCUCAUCAUUCUCCGCCCCCUGAUCCUCCUCCUCCUCCUCCUCCGGUCGGGGAGGCUGUCUCCGCCGCAGCGAGCCGCAACUCGCCGACGGCCCGACUCGCUUCCGGCUCGGGUCUGCGGCCUUUCCGUCGUCCGGAUCCGGUUGAUUCUUCCAGGAACCUAGGGACAGCAUCAUAAUGAAGGCUCUAAUUCUUGUUGGUGGAUUUGGGACUCGGUUGAGGCCUCUGACACUUAGUGUCCCCAAGCCACUUGUUGACUUCGCUAACAAACCCAUGAUCCUGCAUCAGAUAGAGGCACUCAAGGCCAUUGGAGUGACUGAAGUGGUUUUGGCUAUCAAUUACCAACCAGAGAUUAUGCUGAACUUCUUGAAAGACUUUGAGACCAAGCUUGGGAUUAAGAUCACAUGCUCACAAGAGACUGAGCCACUUGGAACUGCUGGCCCUCUUGCUUUGGCGAGGGACAAGUUGCUGGAUGAUUCUGGUGAGCCGUUUUUUGUUCUCAACAGUGAUGUUAUAAGCGAGUACCCACUCAAAGAAAUGAUUGAAUUCCACAAAGCCCAUGGAGGAGAAGCCUCUAUAAUGGUAACAAAGGUGGAUGAGCCAUCAAAGUAUGGUGUGGUGGUCAUGGAAGGGUCAACUGGUAGAGUUGAGAAAUUUGUGGAAAAGCCAAAACUGUUUGUUGGCAACAAAAUUAAUGCCGGAAUAUACUUGCUUAACCCAUCAGUCCUUGAUCGGAUCCAACUGAGGCCUACUUCCAUCGAGAAGGAGGUUUUCCCCAAGAUUGCAGCCGAGAAGCAGCUCUAUGCUAUGGUCUUACCUGGUUUCUGGAUGGACAUUGGACAGCCGAGGGAUUACAUCACAGGGCUGAGACUCUACCUUGACUCAAUCAGAAAGAAGUCAUCAGAGAAAUUGGCAACUGGACCCCACAUUGUCGGCAACGUCUUGGUACACGAGACCGCUAAGAUUGGCGAGGGAUGUUUGAUUGGUCCCGAUGUGGCAAUUGGUCCAGGCUGUGUGGUCGAAUCGGGAGUUAGACUAUCUCGCUGCACAGUCAUGCGCGGAGUCCGCAUCAAGAAGCAUGCUUGCAUUUCCAGCAGCAUCAUAGGAUGGCACUCGACAGUCGGGCAGUGGGCCCGGGUGGAAAACAUGACUAUUCUGGGGGAAGAUGUCCAUGUCGGGGAUGAAAUCUACAGCAAUGGAGGCGUCGUCCUACCACACAAGGAGAUCAAGUCUAGUAUUUUGAAACCGGAGAUCGUCAUGUGAGAGUAAGAUUUUCAGUUAAGUAGAGCAUGCUUAGGGUUUGUAUUCUAUCCAAGUUCAAAAAGGGAAAAAGAAAAAGGAAAAAAAAAAGGAAGGUGUUUUGUUCUUUUCUUUGUCUGUUCAUGUUUUUCCCCUUUCCCUUUCUCUUGCACGAGUGUAAAAGUUGGGAGUGGAGUGAUGUUGGAAGCUCAUGUAUGUUGGAGGGUCAGUGUCUUGUGAAGUGUAAGGGCACAAAUUAUGAUUGGUGUGAGCUUUGUAAUCUCUAGAACAUGUAUAGAAAUAAAGUUUAAUCAUGGGUUGGUCGCUC